AUGAACAGCUUCUCCAUCCCGGUUCGCUCCUCGUCUACCGAGCUACGCACGGCUCGCGCUAACAUCGCAGCCUCGGUUCAACAACCCAACGGUACUUUGGAAGACGACUGGGUAGCGCGUCACAAGCAUCAGACUGUAUUACAACAACACUGUGAGUUCUUCGACACCGAUCGAGACAGCAUCAUCUGGCCCCAGGACACAUUUGUCGGCUUCUACAAGCUCGGAUUUGGCGUCAUUCUAUCCCUGGUGGCCCUCUUCAUCAUCCAUUUGAAUUUCUCGUAUGUGACGCAGCCCUCGUGGGUGCCGGACCCUUUGUUCCGUAUCUACCUGGCCAACGUCCACAAAACCAAGCAUGGCAGCGAUAGCGGCACCUACGACAAUGAAGGGCGGUUUAUACCUCACAAGUUCGAGGAGAUUUUCGACAAGUACGCCCAUGGGAAGGACAGUCUAAAUAUCUGGGAUAUGGCAAGCCUGAUCAAGGGUCAGCGGCUGGUCUCGGACCCGAUCGGAUGGGGGGGCGCCAUCUUUGAGUGGUCCAUCACGUACAUUAUGCUAUGGCCGGAGGACGGGGAGAUGCGAAAAGAAGACAUCCGUCGGGUCUAUGACGGGAGCCUUUUCUACACGAUUGCUGCGAGACGAGCGAAGAAUGAGCCCGCCUCCACCGGAGCCGUGCAGCGGUCAAAGAGUUAUUGGCUGUCCUGA